UUGUCACUUAAUGUUCUCAGCUGCUAAACUGAUUUCUUUAGUUCCUUGCUCCUGCAUUUCUGUACAGCAGAGAGUUCAUUAUUUAGAACCCCCAUAUUAAUCUUCCAGAUGGUUUCUCACAGCUUCACUUCUGGACAGCAUUGGCUUAAUUAACAACCCCUCUCCAAAAUUCAUACUCAGUUCUCUGACUUCUAAGUCUAUCACAAAUCACAACAGUGUGCCCUUUCUUCUUUCAUUACUCUUUCCCAAGUUUUGCUUCAUGUUCCUCAUUGCGUGUAUAUACCAAUAUAUACCUACCGCAGGCAUGUGAAGGGCACCGUCUCUUCUUCAUUACUCACUUUCAAUUCCAUUGUCAUGUGAGCCGAGCUUUGAAGUAUGAAAUUGAGGCAAAGUGAGGGGUUUGGAGGUGAUUUAUACGGUUUUUGGCACAAGGAAUCUGCUUCUUCUUUCUUGUGGCCCUCUGGAGUGGAGGGGAUUGCUUUCAGUUAUUUGCACACAACAGAGAGAGAGAGAGAGAGAGUCAGUCGUUGCCGAAGAAGCAUAAAUCCACGAGGGGGUGUAGUUGCUGCCAUGGAAGGAAGGUCGAGAGAUUGCUGAUCGUGAAUGGGGGAUGAGAAGGGAAAGCUUGAUCCACGCCUCUAAGGAAUGAACCGGCGGCCGUUGCAGAGAAGAAGAAGGGAGCUUGGAGCCCUAGUGGCACUCUUUGCCACAUGGGCUUGGCUCCCCUUAGGCCUUCUCAAGAAUAAGGUCCAGAAGUCGGGCCUUACAGACAUGCUGCUGCUCAUCAGUUUCAAUUUUCAGAGGGCACGCAUUUGUGGGUAGUGGAGAAGUUGAGCUCUUUUGGAUCCAGUGGUUUUGAAGCUGCAGAAUGUUGAAAUGUUAUCGGCAUCAGCAAUGCUGGCUGCUGUAAUCAGAAGUGUUUCGAGUUUGCUGCUCUGUGCUUCCCCCUACUCCUAGCAGAUGACAUCAUCGCCGUCAACUGCGGCUCCUCUGGCAACUCAACUGCUCUAGAUGGCCGCCAAUGGACCGGCGACGUUGCUUCCAGAUACAUCAUUUUGCAACGAUCUAGAGGCAGACGCAAAUUGGUAAGCUCCUCUCCCGUUGGAAAGCACCUAAUUCCUCCUCCUCCUCCUCCUCCUGUCCCCUACAUGACCGCCCAGAUUUCUCGGUCCACAUUCACCUACACUUUCCAUUUCACUUCGGGCCAAAAAUUCAUCCGCCUACAUUUCUACCCAACUGAAUAUCCUGGCUUCGAGAGGUCCAAGGCCUUUUUUACUGUAAAAGCCGGUCCCUAUACCCUCCUCAGCAACUUCAGUGCUGCCCUUACCGCUGAUGUUUUGGCCUUACCAUCAUUUGCUAAAGAAUUUUGCGUACAUGUGGAAGAUAGUCAACCAUUAAUCCUAACAUUUUCUCCCUCUUCAGAGGAAGCCUAUGCUUUUGUCAAUGGGAUUGAGAUUGUCUCGAUCCCAACUGGAUUAUAUCAUUCCCGUGAGGGUGAUGAUCCAGGUGUACACGCUGUUGGCAAGAAAUUUAGAUACCCGAUCUUCUUGGAUACAAGCUUUGCACUUGAGACAGUGCAUCGGUUAAAUGUUGGCGGAAGCUCCAUUUUACCCAUAGAGGAUAUUGGCUUGUUCCGGGAGUGGUUUGAGGACUCCAAUUAUUUCUUAGAAUCAAGGGCCAUGCCGGUUACUACCACAAUUCGGAUCAACUACUCAGUUAUACCCACAUACUCUGCCCCUACGAGAGUUUACCAAACAUCCCGGUCAAUGACUCGGGACGUGCAAGCGAAGGAGCGUAUCAGUUUUACGUGGAAACUACCUGUAGAUCAAGGUUUCAGGUACCUGCUCAGGUUCCAUUUCUGUGAGCUUGAGUACGAGAUUAAAGAAGUUGGCCAAAUGGAGUUCAGCAUAUUCAUUGAUAAUCAGAUUGUUGAGGCUAAUGCUGACCUUAUCAAAUGGGCUGGUGGAAAUGGCAUUGCAGUGUACAGAGACUACAUGGUGAUGAUGGAAGGAGAUCGGACAGAGGGCAAGCGCGAUAUGACAAUAACUCUAAGCCCUCACAAGAGCCACGACGACAAGGGGAACAUGGAACACAGUACUGAUGCAAUUCUAAAGGGGCUGGAGGUGUUCAAGUUGAGCAACCCUGACAACAACCUUGCCGGGGUGAACUUGGUUCCUAUUGCACAGGUUUUGACAUCUCAUAAUUCAAACCCUCAGAAGUUAGUGCUUGGUUAUGGCAUUUAUACCAUUGCAAAUAGUCUAAUAAUUUUACUCAUCACAUUGAAUGUUGUUGUUUAUCCAUUGGCCUAUUUGGGUAAAAAAUCUGGACAAGAAGACAUCCUAUCAUCAUCACCUUCUGAAGGGCCAUAUUGCCGCUUCUCACUUGCUCAGCUCCAAUUAGCAACCAGAAACUUUGAUGACGGAUUGGUCAUUGGAAGUGGUGGAUUUGGUAACGUUUAUAAAGGACUCAUUAAUGGAGGAACAACCACAGUUGCCAUUAAGCGGAUGAAACCAAAGUCUAAGCAAGGCCAAAAUGAGUUUUUGAUGGAGAUUGAGACGAUUUCUAAAUUUCGACACCAGCAUCUUGUUAGCCUUCUGGGCUACUGUGACGAAUUCAAUGAGAAGAUCCUGGUGUAUGAGCAUAUGGAGCAGGGUACACUUGCUAAACAUCUAUACAAAAAGAAUACUAAAGAUAAUGGAAAUGUUUGUCAUAUGCCGUGGGAGCAAAGGCUCAAGAUUUGCAUUGGUGCUGCCCGUGGAUUGGAUUACCUCCACACUGGUAUUCAAGGUGGUGUCAUACAUCGAGACGUGAAGACCGUGAACAUUUUGUUGAACAAGGACAUGGUGGCUAAGGUUUCAGAUUUUGGAUUAUGUAAAAUGGGCGCCACAAGCCAAUCUGUUUCCCAUGUUAGCACUGCUGUUAAAGGCACAUUUGGUUAUUUUGAUCCACAUUAUUUCUUGACCCGCAAACUAACCAAGAAAUCAGAUGUGUAUGCCUUUGGCGUGGUGCUCUUAGAAGUGCUUUGUGGGAGGCCAGCAGUGGAUUUAAGUCUCGAAGAGGAGCAACAGAGUCUAUCCUUUUGGGCUCAAGGCUGCCUCAAAGAUGGAAAACUUGAUGAAAUUAUUGACCCCAUUUUGAGGGAUCAGCUACUAAUACUAUCAAAAAGUCUUGAUGUGUUUGCAGAAGUUGCGAGGAAAUGCCUGCACAGGCGUCCAAAUGGACGCCCUACAAUGGCUGAUGUGGUGGUGAGCCUUGAGCGUGCAUUGGCAUGCUUACAAGAUGAUCGGUGCAAGGAUUCGUCAACAACACAGGAUAACGAGGACGUUGUCAAUGUUGAUGCUGCUGAUGAGGAUAAAGAGAAUGUUCUCAAUCUUGGUGGGGCUGAGGAAAAGAAAAAUGAUGAGAUUAUUCAACUGGAUGAUGAUGCCCUUUCAGCUGAAGUCCCCAGCCCAUCCACUGCAGUGCAGUAUACUGAGAAGAUACCCCUAAGCAAGAAGAGGGCACUGGGAAUGCUCACCAAGGUGUUCCACAAGAUCAGUACUGCACUUUUACCCAGAACUGUGGAUUUUGGGUGGACUGAUAAAACAACCAUCAGCAAUAUAAGGGCCUUCAGUUUUUCAGAGUUGAGGAUGGCUACCAGAAAUUUCAGAAGGGAUUCAUUGUUAGGACAAGGGGGUUUCGGCAAAGUCUACAAGGGUUGGCUUGCUGAGAAGACGUCAUUACAGAACGGUUUUAAAGAAGACGUCAUUGCCGUCAAGGAGUGGGAUUCUAACAACCAUGGAGGUUUUAAAGAGUGGCAGUGUGAGAUCAACAUCCUAAGUCGUCUGUCCCAUCCCAACGUUGUUAAGUUAUUGGGAUUCUGUUGUGAGGGUAAAAGGCUAUUUCUUGUCUACGAGUUCAUGCAGAAAGGCAGUUUGGACAACCAUCUUUUUGGAAGGGGGGCUGGUUGUCAGCUACUUUCGUGGGAGAUAAGACUUAAGAUCUUAAUAGGAGCAGUACGAGGGCUGGCAUAUUUGCACUCAUCCGAACCGCCAAUAAUACAUAGAGAUUUCAAGGGUUCAAAUAUAUUGCUUGACGCUUCCUACAAUGCCAGGAUCGUGGACUUUGGUUUGGCAAGACUUGGUCCUACAACUACUGAAGAAACACAUGUGUCAACACGGAUUAUAGGCACAUUGGGCUAUAUUGCUCCGGAGUAUGCUUUGAUAGGGAAACUAUAUGCGGCUAGCGACGUGUAUGCUGUUGGUGUUGUAAUGGCUGAGGUGCUAACAGGCUUGAAAGCACUUGACCCUCGUCGUGAUGAGGAGAGUCUCAGUCUGGUUGACUGGAUCCAACCAUAUUUCGCUGGUGAAAGAAAGUUCGUAAGCAUUAUGGACAGCCGCUUAAAAGGGAUGUAUCCUGCCAAAGCUGCAUGGCAAAUCGCCCAGCUUACUCUAAAAUGUCUUCAACCUGAACCCAAAAGAAGGCCAUCCAUGCAACAAGUGGUGGAGAUACUGGAGAGCAUUGAAAAUCCAAAACAGCCGAGCUGAAGCCAUGCAUUGAUUUGUUGAGUAUGGAAUUUGAUUGGUUAUAUAUGAUGUGGUCUUUUAAGAGACGGGUUAUUUUGUUUUGGUGGGAGUUUGAUAUAUGCAUAGGCCCUUGUGAGAUUGAAAAAAAAUAUUGAAUUUUUCUCAUAUUUACAUACACAUAUUUAUGGAGGUGUAACACAUAUAUUGCAAGUGCAAAUCCCUACAAGUGUUAUUGUACGGGGUGGUUUGUAGGUUUGGUUUGGAGAUUUUAAUCUCUUCAGGGUAUGACUAUAAGUAUUAG